CUGGGCUGAAGCCAUCUUUUUGCCUCCACCUCCCGAGUGGCUGGGACUACAGUUGUGCGCCACCACGCCCCCCUCCUGCCCAGGUUUGUUACUGGGGUGGUCACGUGGGCGGCUUCUGCCUGGGAUGGACCACAAAGCCAGACUCCCGGCGGGGACACGAGUGUUCCACAUAAGCUGCGUCAUUGGUUCCGUGACGCCCAUCAGGCUGGGGGAUGGGAAAGCCGAGCCCCCAAGUGCCUGCAGAGCCCACCUGGUGCAGACCUCGCCGCCUCGGGGCUGCUGCUCACACUUCUGCACCUUCCCCCGACUGGGCCCCUGUUCCUUGAGGCCACACCACACCCAUUCAUUUUUCCACACUCUGAGCUGUGUCUCCCAAGCCCAGGGCAGCCAGGCUUGGCAGAGCCUCUGCCUUGAGGCCAGCAUGCCCAAUGGCCCCUUUGAGAGGAUUUCCUGGAGCUUCCUGUCUGAGCUUCCUGGCCUGAGGGCAUUGGGAAGGAGCCUGCGGAGCUGGAGGUCAGCAGGUGGACUGGUCGCGCUCUCCUGGCUUUUGGAGUGUGGAGCCAGAGCGGGUGGGACAGGUGACCUGCUGCUGGGCUUGGUGGUCCCUGCUGCAGGGAAGGGGCAGCUGGUGUGAACGCAAGGAGCUGCAGGACUGGAGAAGACCAGGGCCAGGAACCUGCCGAUGGACACCGGCGAGGGGCCAGGCACGGCCCGGACUCCCUGGCCGGCUGGGGUCUGACAGGAGCACCAGGUUCCUUGGGCUGCCCAAGGAGCCGCUUGUUUGGCCACUGUUUUUUCAUCUGUAAAUGGAAUGAGUUCUACACAAGAUCCAAGUGCCCUCCCCUGUUUGAGAAGGUUCUUGUGGGCUCUGGGCUCAUCCCACCUCCCGCAGUGGGCAGGAGGCCACCGAGAGGUGCAAGACCAUGCGCCAUCUUUCGAGAGGAAGCUGGGCCUCAGAGGAGCCUGGGGCCUGUGUCUGAGACCCGGCCAAGUGCUGGACGUCUCCCCUUCCUCACGGCUGUUGUGGCUGAAUUACAUCCCCCCAAAUUCUCAUG